AUGGAGAAGCCGCCCAUCCCGAGCAUCAUCUCCACCGUCACCUACUGCUGCGGGGCGUGCGGGUACGACCUGAGGCUGAGCUCGCUGGCGCGGGACACGGCUGGCGGCGCGAGGCGGCGGUGCGUGGGCGCGGCGGAGGUGGUGUUCGACGCCAUCGACGACGCGCGAUUCGGCCACCUAGAGGAGUUCCGGUGGCUGGACGUGCGCGCCUGCCUCCCCUUCUCGCGACGCACGCGCCUGCUCUGCCGCAAGUGCGGCGCCCGCCUCGGCUACGGCUACGACGACACCGCCGCCGCCGAGCGCCCGCCGCGCUACCACAUCAAGAUCCGGGCCCUCCAGCUCGCCCCUGAUCCCUCCCCGGACGCCACGGCACCGUCCGAUCCGUGA